CACUGUGGGGGAGAGAGAAGUGUGUUGUCUGUGUAGCCUCUGAGUCUGUGCGUGUGAUGUUUGUUUCUGAGCGCGCAUGAAAUAGAGAGAGAGAGAGAGAAAGUGGAAAAGAGAGAGAGAGAACCGUUUUUACUUUGUUGGUGCUGCGAGUCUUGUGCCAGAUGCAGACAGAUGCGCUCAUAGACAUUAUCAAUAUCGAGGAAACACUGGCUAAGUGUGACAGUAUGACUCUGUCCAGUGCCCCACCUUUACGCAGAGGAAGUACCCCUGUGCCAAUCAAACACCAGCUCAGACGAGAGGAAGCAGUCCAUGAUGAUUGUGAUUGGACAUCAGGGUUGGCUGGACCUUCUCCUCCUCCAAUCAGUUACAGCACGGCGAAGGAUGAGACCAUCGCCUCAGCGGCAGAGGGGAGACCCCCCUCUGAAGGGCCCUUUCGAAUUGCCCUGCUGGGGCAAAAUGGGGUGGGCAAGUCAAGCCUUGCUAUCGCCUUGGCUGGAGAUUUGGAUAGAACUGCUUCUGUGGAUUCUGAAGGAGAUGGCUAUGUACGUACUGUUACCGUGGACGACGAGGACUGCACCAUCCUUAUCUACGACAACUGGAGGCAGGACCUGUCUGCUCUGCAGUGUGAGGUGUGUGUCCUGGUGUUCUCUGUCACGGACAGGCGUAGUUUCCACCGCACCGCCCAACUUCGCCUCCUCCUCAGGGAGACGCAGCCACAAACUCCCAUCAUCCUCGUGGGCAACAAGAGUGACCUGGUCCGUUCGCGCGAGGUCAGCGCUCAAGAGGCCUUCACCAGUGCUACUCUGUUUGACUGUCUGUAUGUGGAAAUGUCAACCUCUCUGGACCACCGCACAGUGGAGCUCCUGGAGUCUGCUGUGAGGUUAGCCAGAGGCCUCAGUCCGGUGCCCCCAGGGGCCUAUGGGCACGUCAUGGCUGGCGGCCUGGAGAACAUCACCCACCGGGCUAAGCGUUUCCUCGCUAGCCUGGUCCCACGCUACCCCCGCGAGAGGGAACGAGACGGGGGCAAGUUCUUCAGACAGAAGUCCCGCUCCUGCCAUGACCUGGGAGCCCUGUGAUCAGGGAUGAGGGAAGGAUAGAAUGAGGGAUGUAUAGAAAGAGAGAGGGGUGGCUAGAGAGCGAGCAAGAGGGAAAUAGAAUGUAAGCAAUUGCAAAAUAGAGAGAGGGGUUCAAAGAGGUAAAUUAUGGUGAAGAGAAAAGUGAAUGUAAAAGUGAGUGAUGAAAGGAGGAUACAGUAAUGGGGAUGACACAUGGAUGAAGCAGAGAAGACCAGGAAGAGAGAAUGGCAUUAAAGGAGCGAUGGACGUAUCUGGGUUGAUUCAUGUAGAAAUGUUGUAGUAGAGAACCAUAGAGAAUAGAGAAUUAGCUGUUGAACCCCUGUAAAUACAACCCUAAGCAUCAUACUGCAGUAGUUUGACUGAUUCUCCAACUCCAUUCCCAUGUGAUUUCAUUGAGGGCCAAAUAAAAUACUCUGAGAAGUCAUGAGAAAG